GGGCCGGGGAUUUAGCUCAGUGGUUCCGACGCCUGCCUCCCAAGCGCAAGGUCCUGAGUAUGAUCCCCGGUACCAAAAAAAAAAAACCCAGUCUAGGCAAUUCGGUGAUUUAGCCAGACAGGACUCAUAAUUUAAAGAUAAGAAAAUCCUGGUGUGAUGGCACAGGCCUGUAAUCCCAGCACUUGGAGCUGACAAGACUCUGUCUCAAAAAACAAAACAAAAGAAAGAAAAGGAAAGAAGCGGGCAAGGAGCUCAGCGUGAAGGGCCUGUGUGUGUGUGUGGACACUGACUGCUACAUCAGCCCCAGCCAGCCACCCCAAGACCCCUGGGGCAUGGUGUCCCCAACCCGUCAAGGGCUCUUUUGCUCAACUCAAUGGAAACCCUGAGACUGAGGCUGGGGACUCGAGGAGAAAUCUCUUCCUGCCGCUGUGAGAGGCAGGGCUGAUUAGGCCGGGUCCCCAGGUGAGAGACACAGAGGGCCUCAGCUUGGGAGCUGGAGGUGACUCCAAGGAGGAGCAGCCCAGUGUUCCCAAGCCUGGGAGGUGGGGCUGCUGCGGCCGGGAUUGCAGUUCUCUGCCACCUCUCAGGCUGGCCGGCAGGGCCAGCAGCUGCGGGGCCCAGUGUGUGGCUCUGCUCCUGGUCUAGGGGUCUUGCUGGGGGAUGGGAGACACCCCGGGUCCCCCCGCUGUGCAAGGCACCUGUUCCUUGUGGUGAGCACAGGGCCCAAGGGGGCUGUGGGUGUGCAGGUUACCAAAGGAGUGGAAAAGGGGGGAUGUCCCCAUCUUUAGUGGGUGAUUAAGGGGCUGGAUUAAGGCCUGAGAGGUCAUGUCUCAUGAUGGUUCCCCGUCUCUUUGAUUUUUUGAGACAGGGUCUGGCUGUGUAGCCCCAGUCUGGCCUCAAACUCACAGUGAUCCUCCUGCUUCAGCCUCUACCAAGCCAUGCCUGGAUCCCCUGCCUGUCCUUUUGUAUGUACUUCAGUGCUUACAUCGUGUUGAGUCGUGUUUAGUUAAUAGUUCUCCUUUGAUAUUUAAGAUGUUUUUUGUUAAGCCUGUACUUAUAGCCUGAGAACAUCAGUUCUAACCCAGGUUCACUGCCUAGAAUGGAAAAUGAAGGAUCGAGCAAACAAAUGAGUGACGGAAAUGGGAAAACCUAACAAAGAUCAGCUCCCUUUGCAAACACCUCUCUCGGUGCAGGAAACCCUUGUGGCCCUGCCUGGCCUCCUGUGCACCAAGGUUGUGAUAUGCUGGGUGUCUGCCUCCCUGGACUGUGGGACCGGGGAAGUGACUGCCCCUGUGGUCUCGGCGUAGGGGCAGAUGUUCACCCAGAUCCUAACCCCUUCUGGGAACCACCCUGGUGGUGAUGCAAAUGGCCAGACAUUUCUGUUGCUAAUAAUGCAAUACCACAAGCUAAGUUAGAAAGAAAAGAGAGAUUUUUUUUUUUAAACUGGGGAUCCAAAUCAGGGGCACUGGAGCCCUGAGCUACACCCCCAGCCCUUUUUAAAUUUUAAGACAAGGUUUCUCUAAAUUGCCCAGACAGGACCUGAACUUGAGAUCCUCUUGCCACAGCAUCCCCCAGGCUGGUGUUACCCUAGCACGGCUGUGAGUGCCUUUUUGCUGGCAAACUUAGAAAGUUUCUUGUUUUGUUUUGUAUCACAAAGCGCCAAAAUGUUACUGGGAACUCCUGUAUCAAGGUAGCCUGGUCAGGAAGGAAGGAAUGAAUGAACUCUGUAGUGCACUGCUGGGCUUCUGGAGUGAGUCUAGCCUGCUGGCUCUGCAGAUGGCUAGUGCUGUUGCACGCUUUGUACUUUCUCCGCUCUGGGGGUGCAUUUCUCAGCACUUCCUGGAGCCAAGAAAUUUGCAGGAUCUUGUAGUGCGUGCUGUCCGUGUGUGGAAGCCCUGUGCAUGGCUGGUGCGUGUGUCCAAGCUCAGGGUGAGGGCUGUGCCCGGCCCCUCUGUGUGGCGAAGAUCUUUAUCUGUCCGUCAGUGGCUGUGGGUUUUGCUGGCGUGUGCUUGUGGAUGCUUGAGGCUCAGGCCUUUGCAUUUUUACUUCACCUUCCUGCUUAGAGAUGAGGUAGACCUGGCUGCUUUUCGUGUGGAUAGGAGGAGCUGGACUGAGGCCCCAGGGGACCUGGGGUGGGUUGGGGAGGGGAGGACACCGCACUGCCCCAGGGAGCUACGGAGCAGGGGCUGGAGGUCUCCACCUCCCUGGGCUUUGGCUGGGUUGUUUACCCGGCUGUCCGCUGAGCCCUCUCCCUUGAGAGGUGGCAGGUGGUGCCAUCCUGGUGUGGUGACACUCAGAAGCUGGAGAGCGUCCUCUUCAGGGUCACGGAGCUGAGUUCGAGUCCAGCUCCCUACUGACCACAGCCGCAGCCCCUGUGGUCACGUCCUCCCUGGUGCCCCGUUUCUAGUAGAUUUCAGGGAAGCGGCUCCACCCAGCAUCUGGACCCUGGCCAGUGUCCCUUCUUCCCUCUCCACCUCCUCAUGUCCCUGUGGACGGAUCUCAGCGCAGCCGAGGGACUGGAGAAGCGGCUGUCUGCCCGGCUGACCCCCGGAGCAGGACCACACCUUCGUACCACGCUGCUCACCUGGCUUGGAGGUGGCUGUCCCUUCCUGCUAUCGAGAUGGACUUGCAGGUACCGAGAGGACACAGGCUGCGCUCCGACUUCUGAGUCAGGACGGUCUCUCAGAGGCCCGUGGGCUGCCCAGGAUGGUCAGGUGCCAGCAGUGACGUGGCCGGGCUUCUCUGCCCUCCACCUGCCCACUGCUAGAGCCCUAGGCUCCCAGCCUCCCAGAGUGCCGGGAUCACAGGUCUGCCUGCCUGGAUGCUGGUGCCCCUCUCUUGCAGACCAGCCAGUCCUGUGGUCUGGUGAGACCAUGUCCCGGCCCCUAGACCGCCUGCUGCGACUGCUGUGGGGCUCCCCCAGGCAGCGGAUUUGCACCCUCUUCCUCAUCAGCUUCAAGUUCACAUGCUUCGUCUCCAUCAUGCUCUACUGGCAUGCCGGGGGAGAGCCCAGGGACCAAGGGCACCUCUAUAACCUGCCUGUGGACAUCCCCUGCCCCACGCCGGUGCCCCCUGGCCCUCGCAACAGCACCCCACUUGCGGGCAACAUCUUUUUCCUGGAGACGUCGGACCGGACCAACCCCAGCUUCCUGUUCAUGUGCUCGGUGGAGUCGGCCGCCAGGGCGCACCCCGAGGCACGGGUGGCGGUGCUGAUGAAGGGGCUGCAUGGCCGCGGUGCCCCCCUGCCCCGGCACCUGGGCAUCUCGCUCCUGGGCUGCUUCCCCAACGUCGAGAUGCUGCCGCUGGACCUGGAUGCGCUAUUCCGUGGGACCCCGCUGGCUGCCUGGCAUGCGGCUGCGCAGUGGCGCUGGGAGCCCUACCUGCUUCCCGUGACCUCGGACGCUGCGCGCCUCGCGCUGCUGUGGAAGUUUGGUGGCAUCUACCUGGACACGGACUUCAUCGUCCUCCGUAGCCUGGGGAACCUCAGCAACGCGCUGGGCAUGCAGUCGCGCCACGUCCUCAAUGGCGCCUUCCUGGCCUUCGAGCGGCAGCACGAGUUCCUGGCCCUGUGCAUGCGUGACUUCGUGGCCCAGUACAACGGCUGGGUGUGGGGCCACCAGGGCCCGCAGCUGCUCACGCGCGUCUUCAAGAAGUGGUGCAGCACCCGCAGCCUGGCCCAGAGCCACAGCUGCCAUGGCGUCACCACCCUGCCCCGCCAGGCCUUCUACCCCGUGCCCUGGCAGAGCUGGAAGAAGUACUUCGAGGAUGUCAGCCCCGAAGAGCUGGCACGGCUCCUCAACGGCACCUACGCUGUGCACGUGUGGAACAAGAAGAGCCAGGGCACACACUUUGAGGCCACGUCCCAGGCUCUGCUGGCCCAGCUGCAUGCCCGAUACUGCCCCAUGACCCACGCGGCCAUGACACUGUACCUGUGAGUGGCCCAGCGGUGGCCGCCACCACAGGGCUUGGCACAGCUGGAGGUGAUGCCGAGGGACCAGGCUCAGGCCCCUCCUCCGCCCCCGAGCCUGACAUGAGGGGGGGAUGAGGGCUGGGGCAGGGGCCUGUGUCGGGUCAGAGGUCGCCUGGGCCAUGUGAGCAUCUGGGGCUCUAUAGGCGACAGGCAAGAAGAGUGGCUGGGAUCCCAGCACUUGGAGGCUGAGGCAGGAGGAUUGCUGAGAGUUCAAGGUCAGCCUGGGCUAGGUGCCCAGAGCCUGUCUCAAAAAAAAAAAGGCACAACUGGGCCGGAAGCAUCUUUCUUCCAGGGGGCUCCAGGAAGCCAGCCAUGUUGGGGCUGAGUGUGGGGAAGGGCCCAGGAGCCUGGGACAGGGCUGGAAGUCCUCUGGGAGGAGGACUGAGCUCCGUCAUUCAUGAGUGGUGUCACCAGCAUCCACUCCCUGCACAGGCUGCAGUUCUUUUGGCUCAGGUGUUUUAAAGACACCCCCCCACCCCCGCUGUUGUGAGUGGACACAGAGGCUACUCUCGAAGCCAAAAGGCUCUCUGAGUUAGGCCACCCCGGGGCUCCGAGAAGUCGGUGCAUCUGCAAACAAAGAUCUCAAGAGGCAAGCAAGCUGUGGAAUGCAAUGAUUUUUUUGUUUUGGGGUUUUUUUUGGUACUGGGGAUUGAACUCGGGACCUUGCACUUGCAAGGCAGGUGGCGGCACCACUGAGCUAAAUCCCCAGCCCUGGAAUGCAACAGUUUAUUGAGCAUUUAUCACAUUUACAGCAAGACAGAGGGGAGCCCACCUGUGGCAUAAGCUGGAAGCCGAGGUGGCAUCAGUGGUGCAGAAUCUGUCUCACCCAGUCAUGACAGGCAGGGCUGGAACUCAGCAAUCCGGACACUGGUGCAGCCGGGGAGCCGAUGGGGCUCCGGACGGCACAGUGACGGAUGGUCACAGCAGCACAGCAGCAGCUCUGUGAGGAGCAGCACCCAGGGCAGAGCCACAAGCAUGAGCCAGAAGACCGAGCCCAGGGUUGGGGAUUUAGUUCAGUGGUUUUGCCACCUGCUGCCUGCUGCGCAAGCGCAAGGACCCAAGUUUAAUCUCCGGUACCAAAAAACCCCAAAAAACAAACGAACAAACAAACAAAAACAACAACAAACCCCCAGAAGACCGAGCCCAAGAGCAGCCAUGGGGAGAUUGAUGCAAUGUGUGCUCGUCUUAUAAUGUGUAUAAAUAACAUGUGCUAAUCCUGUGGUGGUAAAAAAUAUUUUUCUUUAUGAUAAAAAUAUUUUUUAGAAAACAUUUUUAUAAGUUUCUUGGAAGGGUUCACAAGAUGAGUUUUCUGGGGUGCAGGCCAUAUGGUUAUCACACAGGCCACAUGGGUCACGUGGUUGUCACAAGUUUAGAGCCAGUUUAGUUUUUCUUUUUGGUACCAGGGAUCAGACCUUGCGCUUGCGAGGCAGGCGCCUGAACCAGAGGUAAAUCCCUGGCCCUAGACCCAGUUUAGAACCUGACAGAAGUGUGAGAUGGCUUCUGCCCUGCUCGCAUGAGCUCUUACCAUGCAGAAUAUAAUAAAGUGACUCACUGACGUCGAGUGCUCUCUGGUCCAUGAAACGAUUCCAGUUCACAGGCCCCGUUAGUGGCACUUGACAGCUGGGGAGCGGCCAGGCAGUGCACUGCCCCGGGGUCUCGACAUUCACCUAGCGUCGGCCUUGGCUGCUGGCUGGCUCACCGUGUCCCCUCGGUCUUCUGCCACCAACUAGGGCCAGGAGAAGCCUGUUUUUCCCACCUCAGUUUUGAAGGUUCACAGAAAGCCUUGAGUGGGGCAUGAUGGUGCACGCCUAUAACCCCAGCACUUGGGAGGCUGAGGCAGGAAGAUCUUGCCAUUGAAUUCAAGGCCAGCCUGGGCUACAUAGCAAGAUCCUGUCUCAGCAAAAGCCUCAGUUGGGUCCUGUGAGUUUUCCCACUUCUACCCCGGUGUAAGCCUGGAUCUGCUUUAACUUAACUGGGGCCAGAGUAGGAGUGAGCGAGCCAGGGCUGUCUGGGGGCCUGGCAGGCACCAGGAGUGCGCUGCUGGGUGGCUGGGGCUGGGCCAGGGGAAAAUCUGAGCUCUGCAGGGCGCGGCCUGGGCUGGUUCAAGUUCUGGGUUUGGCCUCUGAGCCAGGCACAAGGUGCCAUCCAGGACGGGGACCCUGCCAGGAGCUCUGCAGUGGCCACUGAACAGGGGAGGUUUGUCAGCCUCUAGACUCUGCUGGCUGAACUGCCUGGCUCCAGGGGUAGUAAAAGAGCAGCUGGGGCCGGGGAUUUAGCUCAGUGGUUUUGCCACCUGCUAUGUAAGCACAAGGACCUGAGUUUGAUCCCUGGUGCCAAAAAAAAAAAAAAAAAGCAGCUGAUAUCUCUGCUGAAGACAAAGGAAUGUCAGCUAAUUAUCUUUCCAACCAUGACAGGAUUUCACCUUUUAAUGAUUUUUAGACUUACUGGUUUUACUUUAAGAAUAUAAAUAAUAUCUGCAACUAUAUAUUUGAGGAGGUCAGGGCUUUAAAAAUUAUUUAUUUAUUUUGAGACCGGGUCAGAUGUGGUGGGCAUGCCUAUAAUCUCAACAUUCAAGAGGCUGAGGCAGGAAGAUCCACAAGUUUGAGGCCAGCCUGGAGUACAUAGUUCAAGACUAGCCUGGGCUCCAUAGCAAGACUAUGUCUCAAAAACAAACACAAACGAAAAAACCAUAGUGUUACUAUACCACCCAAGAAUACACAAGAGAAAUUAAAAUGAAUGUGCAUACAAAAACAUACAGGAAUCCCAGCACUGGGGAGGCUGAGGCCAGCCUGGACUAUGUAGUGAGACCUUGUCUCAAAAAUAUAAAACAGGGCCGGGGAUUUAGCUCAGUGGUUCCACCGCCUGCCUUGAAAGUGCAAGGUCCCGAGUUCGAUCCUCAGUACUGAAAAAAAACCCGAAAAACAAAACCCCACCAUACAGGAGUGUCCAGGCAAUGUGAUUUAUAACAGCCAAGGCAGAGCCACCCCAGUAGCCAACAACUGGAGAAGAGCAGGGUGGUUAAUUUCAGGUGUCUCCUGGUUCUGGGAGCCUGGAGACCUGGGAAAGAUGCCCUUUUUGAGAGAAAGGAGGGUGAUUCCAUUUGGGAACAUGGUGUGUUGGGUACCACCCAUCAUGGGGCCCAGUGAGGUCAGGUGCCCCGGGCUCCUCCCCCACAGCUGUGGGACGUACACCAGCACCCCUCAUUCUCUGGCUUCUGGUCCUGGACUUCGAAUCACACUGCUGGCUUCCGGGUUCCGAGGCCUUUGGACCUGCACUGAGCCACACAUCAAAGAUCCCAGGGUUUCCUGCUGGCAAAGGCCUGGGACCUCAGCCUCUGGACUGGCAAAAGCUGCCUUCCCUAAAACCCCACUCCUUGUACCCAUUUACAGUCCCAUGGCUUCUGGCUCUCUGGGAACCUGUAAUCCAAUUUUAGUAUAUGUGCUGCUGAAGUGAGCACACAGAACCCUUAAUCCAUGCAGUGGACCACCAUCCAACAAUAUGGGGUUAUUUGUUUUCUCUGAGAGAAAGAGAUUCCUAUUAUGCUGCCCAGUCUGGCCUUGAACUCUUGGGCUCAAUCGAUCCUCCUGCUUCAGCCUCCUAAGUAGCUGGGACCACAGGCAUAUACCACCAUGCCUAGCUAUUAGCAAUUAAAAAGAAUGAGGUCCUGAUACAUCCUUACAACAUGGGCAGACUUUGCAAACUUUCUUCUGAAUGAAAGAAGUCAGAAAAAGCCACAUGGGGUGUGGUUCCAUUUCUAUGAGAUGGCUGAGGGGACAUAGCCCCAGAGACAGAAAGCAGAUCAUAGGGCUGGGGGAAGUGGCACCCAGAGUUUCUUUCUGGGGGAUGAGAUGUUCUGAGAUCAGUGGUGGCGCUUGUACGACUAGUGAAUGUGCGUGCACACGGGGCAGACUGUGGCACAUGCACUGUGCCCAUGCUGUGUUACUUCAGACACGUGGCGCUUGUUCUUGAGGCUCUGUGAUGAACCGGUUGUCCUGUGGGCUCUUGUGACUUGCUCGCACUGGGGCUCAGCUCCGAGCCCUCAGGACCCCAGCUUGGGCCACCACAAGCAGCGCUGUUUGGGAGGCUGGACCCCUGCCUGCCUGCAGAUUAGGUUCUGAUUUGACCCAUUCCCGGGUCCUGAAAGUCACAGGCUGUCCUGUCCGUGUAUGGCCCCCGCUGAGCCAGCUGACUCCCGGAGAGGGCAUCUUAGGGACAAACACUCAUGAAGGCCACCAUGCUGUGCAGUCCCCGUGGGGUUGGUGACUUCUACACAAACUCUUGGGGCUGCCGGGCAGGCUCUGGGCUGCAUCCGGGUGGCCACUGGCUUUGUCCCCAGCCUGGUCUAAAGUCUGGAGUGCAAACAGCUUGGGGGAGGAAACCACAGGGACAGGGGACAGGAGAGCUCAGUGAGAAGUGACAAACUCCUAUCUCAUGAUCCUGAGAUACAGGACUCAAAAGCAAUGGCCCCCACGACAGGGUGAAGGGCUUAGCGCUACUGAAGUGUACCCUUAAAAUUGGGUGCAGUGGCUGGACAUGGUGGCGCACCUCUGUCAUCCCAGCUCUCAGGAGGCUGAGGCAGGAGGAUCACCACAAGUGGAGGCCAGCCUGGGCUACAUAGUGAGAAGCUGACUCAAAAAAAAAAAAAAAAAAAAAAAAAA